UCAUGGUUAACCCAUAUAACUGUGAAUAGAAAUUGUUACACAUGAUAAAUUGGGGUAUUUUUUGGUGUGUUUGGAAUUUGUAAUUCCCAAUAUAUUGGUUAGAAGUCUUAUCAGAGUCAGAUUGCGAAAUGCUGUACAAUAUAUAGUUUUUGUGAUGCAUGACAACGUAAUAAAUGAAGCGAGCGUUGCUUUGUUGUUAUUUUGAUGGAUACAAGUAAACAUUUAUACAGAAAAAAACUGGACAUCUUUUACAAUUCAUUGAUUCAUGAUAUAAUAUACUAAAAUAUGGACUCUAUGGAUGAUUCAUUAGUUAACUACAGUUCCAGGUAUGAAAAGAUUUGCCAACGGCUUGCUAGGAGCCUGUCAGUAGAUGACAUUAAGAAUUUAAAAUUUGUCCUUCGAAACAAAGUUGAUCAAUCUGACCUGAGCACAAUAACAGAUGGACGAGAACUGGUACACAUGCUUGAGAGGAAAGAAAUCUUAACGGAAGAAAAGUUGCCGCACGUGAGAUCGAUGCUGAAGAAUGCUGGGAUUGAUGGAGUAGAUGAUAUCAUCCAAUCAGAUUAUCCUCUAUCAUCGGAGGGAAUUUCAAAACAUGAUGGUUUUGACGUCAGAUCAAUGAAUGUUGUUGGAAAUUUCAAGGAAACAAAGCAGCUACGUAAAAUGAUAGACAUUGUCGAGACGAAAAGAGCAGUUCUUGUUAAAGGACCCAAUGGGUCUGGGAAAUCUCAGAGUGCCUUUUGGUAUGCCAGAAAGUUUCAGGUAAACGAUCGAUCUUCCGUUGUCUGGCGAGUACAUUGUAAAUCCGAGAGAAGUGUCUAUUUAUCAUUUGCUACACUGAUGUCACAUUUGAAAAUAGAGUGUAUAUUAUCUGAAUGCGAUACACGUGACUGUAUUAAAACAAUGCUUGACCUUGCUAUCGAAAAUUUAACCAAUCAGAGAAAUGUGACCCGGAAGCAUUUGAUGAUUUUGGAUGACAUCGAAUCACCGGAAGACAUCAUUGUCUACAAUGCAAUGGACAGGUUUAUAACAGCAGAAAAUAUCUACGUCAUAGCGACCUCUAACAAACGAUUUUUAUCUGACCAUUACGAAAUAUAUGGAAUGGAAAUGGAUAAAAUGACUGAAAGUGAAGCAAUGUCCUUGUUUCCGUUCUCAUGCAAAAGGGAGGAAAAACAAGUGAAAUUGUUGGCAAACAAUCUGGAUUAUCUACCCCUGGCUCUGUCGCUUGCGGCAUCGUAUAUAAAAAUAACACACAUCAGCAUUUAUGAAUAUAAUAAAAAUUUGUUAGGUUCUCAGCUUCUGGCAGACACAUUGGGGACACAAAGCCUUGCUAAGUCAUAUAGCAUUACAUUGCAACGUGUCGAUGAUGAAAUUACAAACAAUUCUCGGAGAGUUCUCUCCCUUGUUCCAUAUUUAAAUCAUAACAAUAUAGCAGUCACAGUCUUAAAAAGUUUUCUAUCGGACCAAUUAUCUAGAUCAGAAAAGGAGAUAGAAAUUAAUAAGCUGUUGCUUGUACUUACUAACUAUUCAUUGGCUACUGUUGAAGGUGUGGGUGAAAAACGGAUUUUAUCGAUGCAUGGAGUUUCCUCUUUAAUGAUUGAGAAUGCCAAAUCUCAAGAAAAAGUGCGCCAAGAUGUGAAUCACCUGUUACGUCAUUAUUGCUAUUAUUUAGACACCGAUGCCCGACUUGUUGAAUCUAUGAAAAGAAAUAUAUGCUUUAUCCAUCAUGCUGUUUUGCUAUUGCGGAAAUAUUGUGAUUUGUUUGAGGACUCUUUUGAAAGCAAAGUGUAUGAAAGUUAUUUAUGUUGUUCAAUUGGAGUGACAUUUAGAUUAUACGGAAGUACAGAACUGUCGGCAGACGACUAUUUUGCACGUGCAAAACAAAUCAUUUUCAAUGACAUUGUAUGUAUGCCUUUACCAGAAAGAGCACUGCAUACGGGUGAUGUUACCCAUUUAGAGGACUAUUUAUACGGCAAUUUAACCGAACAAGAAGAGGCGAGACAGGUCUUCAUGAAAUUAUUGGAGAUGUCAAUGACCAGUGUUCCGCUACACUUUGUAGAAAUGUUUUUGACGAACAAAUUCAGAAAUGAAAGAGAAAUUCAACUAUUUCAACAUUACGGGAAAAUAAAUCCUAAAGAGAUUCGGAAUAAUAAACUGCCGCUGCAUAUUGCCAAAGCUAUGACCUUGAAAGAUAUAAUCGUGCCCUUUGCAAAUAUCAGAGACACAUUUUUGAUUGACCUUCUUAUAACACUGAUGAACAAUAGUAGUAAAAACAAGUGGUGGAUGGAGGCAGCAAAAGUAAACCUGCAUGCACGUGGUCGUACUCUUUUCACGGAACAACAAAUAGAUAGCCUUACGGAGUUUCGUUUCGCGCAUAAUCUUGCGCAAUAUUUGAAUAACUAUUACCGUGAGCAUUAUCCGUCCUGUAAUCCGUUAGCGAGUACAGUCACAAAACGAAAUGGGAUUUUAUACUUUCUAAGAUCAAAUGAAAAAAUUGAAAGUAAUGAACUAAAAGAUGUGAUUGUCACAUUAGAUGAAAUGUUCAAUAACAGUUCUGCUACAUUUUAUGCAUCAUUUGGUGUGCUAAAAUUGGCGCCGAAAUUCAACCUGCAUCAUAGAUGUUUGAUUACCCGGAUGUUGGUCAAGUGCUAUGUAAAAUUGUGGGAAAAUGACCGAGACCAAAAUGAUCUUUCGGAAGCCCUAUUUCAAGCUGAAAAAUUAGUGGGUUUAUCAAAAGAAAUGGAGCUGUGGAUAGUAUUAACAAGUAUUUAUCUUGAAAUUGCUCAAACCUACCUUCUGAGUCCCACCAAAGAAAAUAUUCAAAACGCAAAACUGCAUUAUAAAAUGGCUUGCCAGAAAUCAAAGGAGAGUGGUAACAUCAUUAAUACACAAUAUCAUUUGAAAAUGUAUCAACAGUAUAUAGACUUCUGUCUAAAAUAUGGUAGUGUAGAUGACCUCAUUGAAGCCGAACAGAUAUGUCUGGAGAUGUUAGAGAGAUUUAUUCAAAACGAGACUAAGCAAACUAUACAGACUCAGUUGAAUCGGAUUCAUUUGAAAAUAAGUCAAUCGAAGUUUAACAGACUAUACCAAACACUGAAGAUGUCCUCCAUGUUAAUUAUAUGUUUAGUUAUUGUUAUAGUGAUGCUAUGGUUCGGACUUUACGAAAAUGGCCAGCAAGAACUGUGAUGACCAAUGUCAGUAUUUCGACAAUAUUUUGUGCAAUAAACUUAAUAUAUUUAAAUGUC